AUAGCCGGACAUGUUGUUUAAAUAAUCACAGAUCAUAACUUCCGCAACGCAUAAAGCUUAUUACAAGAGUAGCUUUCACUACUCAGUACGCCUAAAGCGAUAGAAACAUUGCUCUGACAUGAUAUAGAAAUACACGAUAUGACAGUUGAAGCAGAUAUCUUCCUUUAAUUAACACUCUGUGUUUCCCGGAGUGUGUGCGGAGAGAGUUCAGUGUACGUUGUUGAGCCUGCGUGUUCUGGAUGCAUAUCAAAUCUGCAAAUAUCAGUGUUAAACUGAGAGUAUUAAACUGAGAACACGGGAAUAUAUUACGCUUGAAAUACAGGCACAGCUGUUGCCUUGGUCGAGUACAGUUGGCGUAAACAAGCCGUCGUUUCAGCAGCAGAAUUGUUACCUAACUUUAAUGCAUUGCAUUCCAAUCCGCAAGGUAUCAAGGAAAGCAAACGCACGGCAGUGACAUGACGGGCGUAACAACUAGGUCGAAAAGUAGGACAUCGGAGAAAAAGGACGUAUAUUCAAAAAGUAAUGGCGUCAUAUCCAAUGGUUUUCAUGGUUACAAAGAAGGUUAUGAAACUCUCGAAAAGUCAGGAGUAAGUCGACGCUCGGUAUAUUUGUUCAACCAUUUCUUCUUCCCAUUGGUGAUGGUUGGACUUACCCCGCAGAUAGUGAUGUUGUUCUGGUAUACGAACGUCAAGUUUGGCGGAAGUUACUCAGCUCUGAUCACACACUUCCGUAGCCACUCAGUUUUCGGAACGCUCCUCAAAAUGUGGAGUGAACUCAGUAUUAUUAACACGUUUACAGUGGGAGUAAUCUUUGGCUACUUUGCCUGGGCGCUGUUUUGGACGGUCGUUCUUCCGGGAAAAGAAGUCCGUGGACCUGUGACACCAAAGGGAAACACGCCUGUGUACAAAGAUAACGGCUUCCUGCAUUACGGUGUCACAAUGGCUGGGUUCGCGAUCCUAACCACGGUGCUCAAGUACCACGGCUUGACUCCCACGGUCGUGUAUGACCGCUUUGGCGAGUUGUUGGCGUUUAUGAACGUGUUUGCUCUUUGUUUCGUCUUCUUGUUGUACAUCAAAGGAAUCACCCGCCCGUCCACAUCGGACAGUGGAAAGACAGGAGGUGGCUUCUUUUUCGACUAUUACUGGGGCACGGAAUUGUAUCCUCGUAUCUGCGGAAUAGACGUCAAAGUGUUAACUAACUGUCGAUUCGGCAUGACCGUCUGGCCUCUGAUGUGCUGUAUAUACGCACUGAAGAGCUACGAGCUGCACGGUUUCGUAGACAGCAUGUUCGUUACUACGAUUCUUCAGCUGACCUAUAUAACGAAGUUCUUUACAUGGGAAGCCGGAUACAUGCACACAAUAGACAUAAUUCUUGACCGAGCCGGCUUCUAUAUAUGCUGGGGCUGUCUGUGCUGGCUUCCGUCCCUGUAUCCCAGCGUCAGUCUCUACCUCGUCUCGCAUCCGGUCCGCCUCGGCACUCCACUCGCGUCAAGCAUAUUGAUCGUGGGGCUGAUUUCUGUUCUCAUCAAUUACCUGGCCGAUCUACAGCGCCAGGAUGUACGCAAGGCUAACGGCGAUUGCCUAGUCUGGGGCCGGAAGCCGGACCUAAUACGCGCCAAAUACAGGAUCGAAGGUGGCGAAGUAAGGGAGAGCAUCCUGCUGGCUUCCGGUUGGUGGGGUCUGUCCCGGCAUUUUCACUACAUACCGGAAAUCCUUCUCUCGUUUUUCUGGACGGUUACGACCGGAUUUGAGAAUGUUCUUCCCUACACGUACCUGAUAGUGCUCGUUAUUCUGCUCACUCACCGCAGUUUCAGGGAUGAACAGAAGUGCAGCUUGAAGUACGGAAUCUACUGGCAAGAAUACUGUACCAAAGUCAAGCACCGAAUCAUUCCAUUUCUGUUUUAACAGCUUCGAUACUCGUGUACAGUAUCGAUACUCGUGUACAGCUUCGAUACCCGUGUACAGCUUCGAUACUCGUGCACAGCUUCGAUACCCGUGCACAGCUUCGAUACUCGUGCACAGCUUCGAUACUCGUGCACAGUUUCGAUACUCGUGCAGUGCACCGCUUCGAUACUCGUGCACAGUAUCGAUACUCUUGCACCGCUUCGAUACUCGUGCACCGCUUCGAUACUCGUGCACAGCUUCGAUACUCGUGCACCGCUUCGAUACUCGUGCACAGCUUCGAUACUCGUGCACAGCUUCGAUAUUCGAGUACAGCUUCGAUUAUCGAGUACAGCUUCGAUACGUGUGUACAGCUUCGAUACUUGAGUCCAGUAUCGAUACUCGUGUACUGCUUCGAUACUCGUGUUUAGUUUCGUUUUGCUGUCCAAUGUAUAAAAUCAACAAUUUAAACAGAUAAACAGGUUAAGAAUGAAUAUAUGUACAGCCUUUAGGGGUUUACAAGUUCACCAAUAUUGACCUUACACUGUACUUUUUAACUAUGUUAGCAUAAUUGCUACAUUUAAAGUGUCUACUUUUCACAAACAUUUUGUUCGCUCACCUGGAGUAUUUCGCGAGAUGAAUUCUAAAAAUCAUUAAAGUUUCAAACAUUUUUUCCACAAAAAUGUUCACUGCUAACUGCAUAAUAUACAGCAAUCUUACGUAUACAAAUACUUAUGGCAUGCAUUUUAAUGAUUUAAAUGUGCACACUUGUUGGCGGUAACAAUACACUUAUAAGAAUUACAUGUCUAUAGCCAACACUCUUGCACUGAAUAAUAAUUGUUCACAAGUUUCCUUAUUGUAUGGUAGAAUCAGAAUUUGUGCGCGUUCAUGUAUUGAAAUAGCUUAUCUAUAUGCAUGAUAUGGCUUAUGUAUAUGAGACGAGAAAAACAGUGCGAAGUUUGCACGAGCAAAGAACACGAGUGGAUCAUACAGUUCUGUGCACAUUAAGCUCACGAUUGUCAGUCAGAUCAUUAUGUUAUUCUUUUUGUGUGAUUUUUCUUGUUUUUGAUUUUUUUGCUUUUUUUUUUAAAUUGUUACAUGUACACACUAUAAUGUGAUUAUUCACUGUACUUUUACAUAAACAGGCGAAAUUGUAAUGGCAAAAUCGAUGGAAUCUAUAUUUAAUUGUAUAUUGUAUCAUUCUAUACACUAUAUUCUUCUGUACUUUUAAAUAAAUAGGCGAAAUUGUAAUGGCAAAAAUCGAUGGAGCAUAUGUUUCAUUAUAUAGUGUAUCACUCUAUAAAUUGUGUAUUGAACGUUCUUUCCUACGUGGAUCCCGUGUAUAAUUUGUUAAUCAUCAGGGGAACAACAGGUGGGAAUGUUCAACAAAUACGUGUAUCUGCCAAUACGUGCGUACAUGCAGAAUACGCGAACAAAGAACCUUAGACCUAUUUGUCUGCAAUAAAUUGGGAGUUUAACUUUGAUAAAGUACUCAUUUAUAUAGGAAUUGUGCUAUCGUUUAUGAAGAAUUAUGUAUAAUUACAUAUGCCUGUCAUAUUCUGGAGAAGAUGCUAUUUAAUUUGAUUUUUUUAUGUUUCAGUGAGUAAAAUAUUAACCACAUGUCGCCAAAAACGUCGGCAUUGUAUUCAUGCUUCAUGUCUUGAGUCGUGUUCUGAGAAGACUGGGCUUAAUGCAUGUGCGUAAAUUGUCAUCCCAGAUUAGCCUGUGCAGUCCGUACAAGCUAAUCAGGGACGACACUUUCCGCAUAAACUUGAUUUUCGGUAAGGAAGGACUUAAUUGAAAAUAAAAAUACCAUAAGCGCGGAAAGUGUCGUCCCUGAUUAGCCUGUGCGGACUGCACAGGCUAAUCUGGGAUGACGCUUAAGGCCAUUUUUCUCAGAACGCGACUCAUGGCUUUAUUUCCCUAGCAUGAAUACACGUUUCGAAAUUGUAGUGACAAUUUUUGUAUUAAGUAUGUUAAGCGGUAUUUCAACGAAUGAUUGUCUUAUUACAAGACAUAUCUUCUUCAUGAAUUACCCGUAUGACAAUUAUUAACUCACCUUUUUGAUAAAAAUAUGGUAAUAUGUUACAAUAUUUUGAAAAAUCAAAAAGUUGACAAACAUUUGACUUAGUUUUAUAAAAAAUAUACGUUUAUUCGUUUACUUGCAUACUUUCGCGUCUCACCUAUGCAAUAAGUCAGAAGUUGUUUUGAAGAUGUAUUAAUUAAAUAUAAUAUCAGCGUCUUCUCCAAGAAACUGAAUUUCUGAAUUAUCGACUGUAGUAUUUUCAAAACAAUUAAAUGGGUCAUGAAAUACUUAAUAGUAAAAAGAAAAAUAAUAAAUACAUGUAUAUUCGAGAUUAUGCGCAUUUGUGCCAAAUGAUGUAAUUGCCACAACCGGCCAGAGCUAGUCAUGAAGCUGUUCUUCGUUGCUUCGGGAGUUUUUAACCCAUUUAUGCCUAGUGGACUCUCCCAUCCUUCUAAAUUGGAUUUUUUUUUUCAAAAUUAGGGAUGUCUAGUAUAUGUAUUUCUUUAUUUAGAAUAUUUUAUACAAAAAUUCCUUUAAGCAAACAGCGCAGACCCUGAUGAGACGCCGCAUGAAGCGGCGUCUCAUCUGGGUCUACGCUGUUUGCCAAAGUCUUUUUUCUAGACGCUAGGCAUAAAUGGGAUAAAAAAACAUUAUGAAAAACAUUUUGAUUUCGUACCUCGGUGUAUUUCUAAUUACCUUUUAUAGCUUAUAUAUUGAUGUUGUUUUAGUUGUAGUCGUUAGGUAUCGGAUAACAGAGCCAGGGUCAUGACGUUUUGUAUAAACUGAGCCCAAAUUAAACUGUUGUCAUUAAAAUUAACUGUUGUUUUUGAAAACAUGUGUGUAUAGUUAAUUUGUAUCUUGUAGUAUAUUCAAGUAAAACUCUUUUUUAAUAAAUCGAUGCUAAA